UGGUGCAUUACGGAAUAGCAUUGAGGAAGGUCCUGUCAAGGCGACAUACUACUAUAUAAUCCUCCCUACGUGGUCAGUCUUCAGUCUGAGAGAGGCAACAUGUUGUUCAUUGUGAGUGUUGUGUGUGGCUUGUCUUUUGCAAUGGCUGUUUCCUCCAAUCCUGACACCCACAGCAAUCUAGGACAAGUAGUUUUCUCCCAUAUUCUAUUUCGACAUGGAGACCGAAUGCCUCUGGAAUUUUAUCCAACUGAUCCGUACCAAGAUGCUUCAAACUGGCCAAAUAAAAUUGCACAGUUAACUGAUGUAGGUAGAGUUCAAGAGUUUGAGUUGGGCCGAUGGCUGCGUCUCCGCUACAAUGAUUUGGUCAGUGAUCGUUAUGACCCAGAUGAGAUCUUCAUCCAGAGCAGUGAUGUGGAUCGUACACUGAUGAGUGCCCAGUGUGCCAUGGCUGGACUGUACCAUCCAACAAUGAGAGAGAGCUGGCACCCGGCACUGACAUGGCAGUCUGUACCAGUCCAUACAGUACCAGUGCAGGCUGACUAUCUGUUGGGAGCUUCUUCGACGUAUCCUUGUCCAGCGUUCAAAGCAGAAUUGGAGCGAGCAAGUAAAUUACCUGAGGUGCAAGCCCUCCAAGAGAAGUUUGCAGACUUGUACGAUUACGUUUCCAACCACACUGGCCGCGAAGUGAGAGAUUUCCCUAAUGCAUUGAAGGUGUAUGACGAGCUAGCCUUAGAGGAACAGCACAAUAUACCCUUACCAAAUUGGGCACGGUCAAUAUACCCCGAACCAAUAAAGGAAGCCGGCUUGUACAGUUUUGUGCUGCCCACAUGGACACCACUUCUCCAGCGACUAAAAAUUGGUUCUCUCCUGAAAGAGAUGGCAGAACAUUUCCGUGCCAAGAGCGCAGGAACAUUGAGUCCCAAUCGUAGACUCUGGGUAUACUCUGCUCAUGAUGCUACAAUAUCGGCCUUCCUCAACACUUUUAAGGCCUUUGAAAUCCACUUCCCUCCUUACGCUUCUUGUGUGUUGCUUGAACUUCGUCUUAUUGACCAGGAUUACUUUGUUACACUAUUCUAUCGAAACUCCACUGUCAGUGAGCCUUUACUUUUGACCAUGAAGUCCUGCAGCGCAGUAUGUCCACUGGAACAGUUCCUAACACUUAUACAACCAUUACUGCCUGAGGAUUGGCAUCAGGAGUGCCAACUUUCCACAUCUGUAUCAAUUAGGAACCUAUGGCCAGCAAUGGUGGGAUCAGCUGCUGUGAUCAGCUAUAUCAUAAUCUGCAUCUUGACUGUUCGCUGUUUAAGGAGAAAAUCUUCCAAAAAUUAUUUCACAAUGCCUUCUUCAGUUUCACAUGAUUCCAAGGACUCACUGGUGUAAAGAGAAAACAUAAUUUUUCUCAAAGGCUACCAAUUAAUAUUGUUACUAGAUUUUUUAAAUAAUUUAAACCUUAAAAAAACUGUUUCCUUUAUAGCAAGUGUAAUUUAAUAAUUAUUAAGAUUUUCAAAUAACAAUAACCAUAUAACCACUAAAUGAACAGUAUUAUUGGUUGGUUAAGUUUAAAAUAUUUGUUUUCCAGAUUGUGUUAAUAUGCAUACAAAAUUUAACUUUAUUUAUGUGAUAUUUUACACAGGGUAUAUAGUUUUAGGGUAAGUUAGCUUAUUAGAAGUAUUAUUGAUAUUUAUCAAUACUCAUUCAUAGGUUUGUAUUUAUGAAAAUAUUUUUACAAUAAACAUUUUUUUUAGUUCUA